AUGGGACAAGAUAAUAGUCGUCAUAUGUUUGUGCAUAUGUUACAGAUAAUGUUGAAGGAUCGGGGAAUGCAGGUUACUAAAAUGAAAUUGCAGACUUUUCUUAGUUUUGUUGAGGAAGUAUGUCCCUGGUUUCCACAGGAAGGGACUAUGAGUUUAGAGAUAUGGAAAAAGAUAGGGAAACAGAUUCAAACAUAUUAUACUCUCCACGGACCUAAUAAGGUUCCUGUGGAAACAUUUUCAUUAUGGUCUUUAAUAAGAGACUGCCUUGAUUUUGAACAUGAGGAAGGGAGUAAAUUAAAACACAUGCUCCCACCCGAAGAACCAAUUUAUGCUACUCCUAAAGUUUAUGCUACUCCUAAAGGGAAAGGACCCACAAACUUUGAAUUAGAAUCUGCAAAACCUUUGAAGGAAAAUGAGGGAACGCUGACUCCAGAGGAUGAGGAAAGUUUAGAGGAACAGGCAGCUGCUUACCAUAAGGAUGAUCAUUGGGAAUUACUUGUAACUGACAAUUCGAAUGUGCAGGCAGCAGCUGCCCCUCCGACAAAGGGUCUGGAGGCACUCAUGCAGAAAUUAUUAAUAACAAUAAAGGAAGAAAUAAAAAGGGAAGGUAGGGAUGAAGGCGCUGGUGCAAUCUCUACUGCGCCUCCUGCUUAUGCACCCUCAACUAUUACUGGAUUAGAUCCUCCACCUAUUUCCAAACCUGAAAAUUUGUUGAAUAUAACUCGUGAAUCACACAGUUUGUCCCCCUUGCAAAAGGCUAUGCAACAGGCCCAAAGAGCUGGAGAAACUGUUCAGGGAUUCUCCGCUACUUUCCCGGUAUUCGAGCAUGAAAACCAAAGGUAUUAUGAAGCUUUACCUUUCAAACAACUAAAGGAAUUAAAAAUUGCCUGUGGUCAAUAUGGACCUACGGCUCCUUUUACCCAGACCAUGAUAGAGAGUCUAGGAGGUCAAAAUUUGCCACCUAGUGAUUGGAAACAAAUUGCAAGAGCUUGCUUAUCAGGAGGGGACUAUUUAUUAUGGAAAUCAGAAUUUACAGAACAAUGUGGCCAUAUAGCUGAACUAAACCAGCGACAAGGGAUCAAUACUACAUAUGAAAUGUUGGUAGGGGAAGGGGCCUACCAGAAUACCAAUGCUCAAUUGAACUAUUUGCCUGGAGCAUAUGCUCAAAUUUCUAAUGCUGCUCAGCAGGCUUGGAAAAAGCUCCCUUGCUCUAGUAAUAAGACUGAGGAUCUUUCAAAAAUUCGUCAGGGGCCUGAUGAACCAUAUCAAGAUUUUGUGGCUCGUCUUCUUGAAGCAGUAGGUAAGAUUAUAGCUGAUGAGCAGGCUGGAAUAGUGCUUACUAAACAAUUAGCCUAUGAAAAUGCAAAUUCUGCCUGUCAGGCUGCACUUAGACCGUACAGAAAAAAGGGAGGUCUAUCAGAUUACAUUCGUAUAUGUGCUGAUAUCGGACCUUCCUAUAUGCAGGGUAUUACCCUGGCUGCAGCUUUACAAGGUAAAAGUAUAAAAGAAGUAUUAUAUCAACAGCAAAUGAAAAAUAAACGAGGAUUACCUAGUAGGGGAAAUGCUGGCUGUUUUGUUUGUGGCCAGCCUGGACAUCGUGCUGCCUUUUGCCCCCAACGAGCCAAUUCAGGGAAUAUUAAAACUCCUAAUUUAUGCCCUAGGUGUAAAAAAGGAAGACAUUGGGCAAAAGAUUGUAAAUCUAAAAUUGAUGUCCAGGGCAACCCACUUCCCUCGCAGUCGGGAAACUGGGUGAGGGGCCAGCCCCUGGCCCCGAAACAAUGUUAUGGGGCAAUGCAGGGAAAUCAGAUGGUAGAAGGCGAGUUACAGACUUGUUCAGAGCCACCUCAGGGAGCGCAGGCUUGGACCUCUGUUCCUCCUCCUACACAGUACUGACUCCCGAAAUGGGAAUGCAGGCUCUGCCCACUGGGGUAUACGGCCCUUUGCCUGAUGGAACCGUUGGACUUUUGCU